UCAACCCUUGUAUAUAUUUGAUUUCGCGGAGGUGCUGAAACCACAUAGCAAAUCAGCAUAUAAAUGGAAGCUUCAUCAUCAAUUUAUCCUGCUCAGACUUAUUGUUCUCAAUCGUGGAAUUAUGAUGUAUUUCUUAGUUUCAGAGGAGAAGAUACUCGCAAGACUUUUGUAGAUCAUCUCUACACCGCUCUUGAACAUCAGGGAAUCUACACCUACAAGGACGACGAAACACUUCCUCGGGGCAAUUCUAUCAGACCAUCUUUGAUGAAGGCUAUAGAAGAAUCUCAGAUUGCUGUCAUCAUACUGUCUGAAAACUAUGCCGAUUCAUCAUGGUGUUUAGAUGAACUUGAAUGCAUUAUGAAAUGCAAGAAUAUAAAAGGCCAAACCGUUAUGCCCAUAUUCUAUGAUGUGGAUCCCUCCGAAGUAAGGAAACAAAAACGCAAAUACGGAGAAGCAUUUGCUAGACAUGAGGUGGAGAACAAGACCAAUGUUGAGUCUUGGAGAAAAGCACUUGUAGAUGUAAGUAACCUUUCUGGAUGGGAACCCAAGCACAUUGCCAACGGGUAAAUUCUUCUUGUUUUUUCACUUUUUAUGAUUAAGAUUUGUGAUCUACUUAUACCUUAUAGGCAAUUUUUACAAAUGUUUUAAUUAUUCUUGAUGAUGUUGAUGACCUCAAUAAACAGAGGCUUUAACUACAUCACUUGAUCCGAGCCGAAUGAUAAUCACUACUAUACUAACCGUAGGGUAUUUAGCUUUCUGGUAUACGUGCAUAUGAGGAAUAGAAACCUGUUAAUAUUCAUGAGAUGCUUCCACUAGAUGUGGUUUCUUAUGCUAAUGGGCAAGUUAA